AGGUAAAGUGCAGCGGCUAAAUAUGCGUUUUUCCUUUAUAUUAGCUUUCUAGCCUCACAUAGCAUAAACUUGUUAACGGUCAUGCAGAAAAACCUUGUUAUUAACAAACUUUUCUUGCACUAACAAAUUAACAAACCGUUUUCUAAGCCUUUUUUUUUUUUUUUUUUUAUAGUUCUUGUUUUACCUUUCCCCCUUUGAUGGGCUGCAACACAAUACCGAUCCUGCACCACCGUCCGACGCCUCCAUCCAAGAAACAAUUAAAGGAGGGCAGCAAAACACCACCAUGAAUAAUAAUAUUAAUAAUCAAUCUUCACCUUCAUCACAGAACAGGAAAGGAGAUCCCAGAAUAUAUCUUGUUACAGGGUUUUUCUUUCUUUGUAUUAUCUCUGGUGGAGUUUUUCUUGGUCUCUACAUUUUCCUCCCGGAGAAUAACACCCAACUCUGGUAUCCCACUGCAGGGUUGGUUCUUGUAGCCAUUCCAUGGGCAGUUUGGUUCUUGACCUAUUUAUAUAGAUGUUUUAGCCCAAGACACACCCCAUGUCCGCCUUGCAAAUCCAUACCGAGAUCUGCAUCUGAUGAGAUGGAGACUUCAGGAAAUGCACCAACAAAUGCAUCAUAUAACGAGUCCCAUUUACAAUCCAACGCGCAGCAGCCCCAUGAUGAUGGUGGGCGCCAUGUACAUUUUGGUGGUGUUGUUGUGAUAAGCGAAUACGAUAAUACUGAUGAUAAUAAUUACGAUGAUGAUGAUAACAGCAUUACCAGUAGCGACGAACAAGAUGGACAUGAACGCGUUGAAAGACGUUUAGAAGCCGAGCAUGGAGGUAGGACCUCAUUAUCGGAUAGAAAAGAGAAUUCGGUUGAUCAUAGAGAAAGCGAAAUACCAUUAACUCUCUCUGGCUCAUCUUGAUAUAAAAAAGAAAAAUGUUACAUAUAUAGAAAUAGAGAACACGUGCUCAUAGGACAUUGAUUGAUUAUUAGAUGGAGUUUAAGGACAUUGAUAUAGAGAAAUGGCAGCUUUCUUGCAAGUUGGAGGGCAAGGGGGAUCCAUGACCUAAAAACCCAUGAAAUUUAGGAUGGCUGAAGGAUCUUAAUGGUAGAGAUUCCCCUUAGAUGUGAGUUGUACCCAUCCUGACAUCUUUCUUUUUUCCUUUUUCUAAUUCUUUUUUGUUUACUUGCAAGAACUAUGUACGUGAUGUCAUGACAUUUAGAAUUGAGAAUGACAAGUAUGUGUAAUUUGUAUGUGUUUUGGUUCUUGUUUCUCCAUGAAAUAUAUGUAGUGAAAAAAUUUAUAGGUAUCAACUUUG